UUUUCUGGCACAUCCCGGUUUCUGGUCUUUUGACACCAUCACUCUCUCUUCAAAACCAUCGUCCAAAUCCGCGAGUUAUCUUGAUAACCCGCUGUCACUCUUUUCCGGACGGGUCUAGCAAAUAAACACAACUUUUAGCAUUCUUAACCACCAACGAGUUUUACGAAUCUCUCCACGAUCUCCGAUAGUUCAAGAUGCACUUCACUUCUGCCGUCGUCCUUGCGGCCGCCUUCGCCGGCGUGUCUGCCCACCCUUCUGCCCACAACCACCAGAAGUUCCACGAGCGCCGCAGCGCUGACGCCGUCGAGGAGCGCGACCUAACCUUCAUCAAGAACAUCCUCCCCUCCACGACCCCCUCUUCCACCUCUGCCGCCCCCUCCGCUACCUCCUCUGCUUCCGCCGGCGGUGUCUACACCCCCUUCUGCAGCGGCUCCAAGAGCAAGCGCGCCACCAUCGCCGAGAUCGCCUACUCUGGCAACACCGGCACUGAGGACGACUGGGGCUGCAACAUGCAGAUCAUCAACGACGCCAGCGUCUCCCUCUACAACUACACUUCCACCUUCACCGCGAGCGAUGCCGACUACUCUUGCUCGUGCUUCAACAAGAUCGGCCCCAAGGGUCUGAUCGACGGCUGCUGGUUCGCCGCAAUCACCUUCACCGUCAAGGAGGGUCAGUCCAAGAACGUCGCCUUCGACGCCGACUCCCAGGGCUCCUGCGCUUGCGGCACCGGCACCACGGUCCCCAAGACCCCCAUCGGCCAGUUGGCUGGUACCUGGCUCGAGUUCGACUGGGCCUCCACCCCCAACGGCGGCAACUCCGGUGCCGACGCCUCCGUCCUCGUCGCCGGCUCCCAGAGCAUGUCUUACUACGGCAUGAAGGUCGCCGCCAACGGCAAGACCUGCUCCUGGGUCAAGUCUGACGGCACCAACGAGGGCGCCUACAUGCCCGGCAUGGAGGCUGAGGAUGGCAUCGGCUGCAAGGGCUACUACAAGGGCCACCUGGACGUCACCCUCGGCGACAAGUUCUCCACGUAAGAAAGGUUCAUCCUUUUCUUCCGUCUGGUUCCAGUCUUCUUCCCUUGCCUGGGGUGAGUUUUUCGUCGGGGAAAGGGGGUCAUCU